AGAACUCUUCUGGCUGCCUAGGGUUUUCUUUCAAAGCAUGAACGUUUCGACACUCGCAGUGCUAGCUGUUCCGAAAAUCAACAAUAUCGCUGGGCGUACUUGCCCUCUACAGUACUCAGUGUGUUUAUCCUCGCUUUUCGAUGGGAAUGUUGCUGAAGAUAGCUGUAGUCCUGCUGCCAUGGCUGGCUAUCAUGUGCCUAAGUUCCUGCACGGCCAAACCACUGUCAGAGAAGUACAAAGAAGUCGAAGAUAUCCUUUCUGGACUGAGCGAAGAGCACGUAAAGAUCCUGAAGGACCUGACUGUCGAUUACGAAGAAAAGUACAGUCGCCGGCAACCCAGACAUGGUGCGCAAUGUAACAUCACUGAGACCUUCAUAACUGAGAAUUGCGGACUGGAUUGCAGAUGUGUGCAAGGAAGAAUGAAGUGCUGUCGCCUGCGGCAGAGUAUUGAUUCCAUGUCUAAGGUUGACAUCGAACGCUACAGCGCUGCCUUCCUUAAAGCGUGGCAUGACCCUCGUUACAAGGAAGCCUUUAGGGUAAUGGCAUGGCUUCAUCCUGUCAUGGGUUGCAACAUGGUAAUUCGGCCCGUGCGCGUGGACUUGCAUCAUGCACUCAUGGCGUUCCAUCGACUGACGCUGCUCGCGUUUGAGAACCUCCUGCGCCUUGUGGACUGCAAAGUCACGAUACCGUUCUGGGAUGUUGGACGCAAUGAAGACAUCCCCUACCCGCAGCAGAGAGUGUUCACUAUUGGAACGUUUGGAGGGAACGGCGCACCGCAUUCACACUGUGUCCAGGGUCCACCGUAUGGCGAGGGUUUUUAUACGCCUCCAAAGUUCCUCUACAAACGAGUGGCACUCCCGUAUGCUAACUGCCUGCGAAGAGAAGUUGGAUACUUUCACAAAGGUCCAUUUUAUACUACCGCGCCGUACCCUUGGCAGCUUAUCGAGGUUAUGAUAUCCGCUAUAAAUGCCAAUGCAUCCGUGCUAGCUGAAGACGGCAUCAUCGAGGUUCUUGAUGCCUCUAUCCAUGUUUCGAUGGGUGGAUCGUUUGCGAAUGUCUUUGCUCAAGUGGACCCGAUCUUCUACUUGGUUCAUUCAUACAAUGACAAGAUCAUGGCUGCCUUUCAAGCAAAAGGACGGAGAUACAAGACAGGAGAUGGGCUAUGGAAUACCACACAGCGCCUAUCAGUAUUCAAUUGGCUGAGGAUGAAUGACUUCCUGGACAUCAUGGACUUGCCAGGUGGUGUAUGUACUCGAUACGGCGCAUCACGACCCAGGGAAGAGGCCAUCAGGAUGAAGAACUACCUGGCUCUGGAGCUGCCAAGGGAUGACCACCUAUAUGUACCAUAUGAAAUCUUACGGGAAAUGAACGUGAAUUCAGUCUUCACGAAAUACGCUUCUUAUCUUUCCAAGUUUUACAAGAAGAACUACAAGUCAUUUCGUUGGACAGAGAGUGGAUUUCAUCUUGAUGAAGACUGGAGGAAGGAUUUCCACACGGUCAACUUCUUUUCCUUGAAGAAAGAUCCAGCACUGCGAAUUUGCAACCUGUAUGCUAGAGAAGCAGCUAAUUUCAGGAACUACUCUGGCUCUGCUUCCAGCAAAAUGCUGAUUGGCUAAAUAUUGAAGAAUCAGCUUACAAGUCUCAGCACGCCUUUUUUUUCAACGUCUACAGCAUAUCAUUGUCUCUCUACAAUACAUCAUAGUCUGUCUACAGUGUUAUCAUUGUCUGCCUGCAUAGUAAGCUCUUUCGCUGUUCUACGGUACUACUAUCAGUAUAUUAAUUUGAACUGCACUAUGCACUUUUUCUAUUUUUGUGCAUGUAUCUGUGUCCUCUUCACUUCUAGUAGCUUUUGGGUUUUUCAGUUACUAUUGUGCCGAAUGCUGUUCUUCUUCUACCAUUUGCCUAGAUAGGAUUGCUACCAGAAUCACCUCACGUUUAGCAAUACUGCACACCAACAUUGUUGGGUUUCAA